GAUGUAGCUCAUGAACAUUGAGUGUGCUAAGCGGGAAAGUGAACGGAGAGCGAGAGGUGGGCAUGGCGAGGACGGUGUGAACGGGAGAGUGUUGGCCGUUUCUCCGGACUCAGAGUGCACUCCGAGUGCGGCUGGAGUUCCAGCAUAGUUACUUACAUUGUUCGAGGACGCAAUUGGCGCGGCGCUGCACCUGGUGCUCGGGCCAGUUGGAGACGGGGCCGGCCGCUCAGAAGCCAUGCGCAGGUCGUCGGUGACGGUCAUGCGUCCGGUGCGUUCGCGGUGUGGUGCGUCGGCGGCGGCGGCCGGGCCGCUGCUGCUGCUGGUGCUGGUGGCUCGAGUCGUCAGCGCGCUGCCGGCCGACUCGAGGACGGACGCGAUCGAGGCCGAGGAAGCGCUCGACGAGGUGGUGGACAGUAUACGGGAGCGACUCAUGCGAGAGCUGGGAAUCACCAACAACAAGCCAGUGCUGAACUCGACAGCCGAGGAGAUGGAGGCUGUCAUGGAGCAGUACCGGAACGCGCUGGCCGAGAUGGAGCGGCAGCGCGAGCAGGACGAGUGGGAGGACGAGGACGAGGACCCGCUCGAGGCCUUCCACGACGUCGUCGACGAAGGUUGGCUGCGCACCCGCUCCCGGCGCAGCGUCCACGUGCGAGCGCGCACACCGUCCGGCCUGACCAGCUUCUUCCCGCUGAACGAGGCCGGCCUGGGCGCGCACGAGCAGGUGCAGGACGCCAAGCUGCGGCUGUACCUGGAGCUGGUGCCAGGCGCGGCGCCGGCGGAGGUGCAGCUGUCUGUGUACCGGCUGACGGGCGGCGGCAGGGGCGGCCGGCGGCCGCGGCGCGUCCACCAGACCGGCCGCCGGCUGCGGGUCGCCGCCAGCGGCUGGUAUGAGCUGAAUGUCACCAGCGCCGCCCAGCAGUGGCAGGCGCGGCCCGAGCGCAACCACGGCCUGCAGGUCGAGUGCCGCCGCUGCGCCGACACCGUGCGCAUCGUCGGCGGCGACGGGCCGCGUCAGCAGGCGCCGCGACUCGCCAUCCGCACGCGCACCGUGGGCCGCAGCAAGCGCGACAGCAACGGCUUCCUGCCGCGCGGAUCGCGAGGAAAGCCGCACGGCUGCCGGGGCGGCGCACGCUCCAAAUGCUGCCGGCAAGAAAUGUUUGUCGACUUUGACGAGCUGGGCGGCUUUGAUUUCAUCAUCAACCCACGCAACUUUUCGGCGUACUACUGCCGCGGCCGCUGUCCGCCGUCGUACAACACGGCCACGGACCACGCACUACUGCAGGGCUGGAUCUACCGGAAAUGGAAGAGGGAGCAGCGCGAACUGCCGCACGGAGCGGCGGGCAGCAAGACGCCACCCGUCAGCCGCACCUGCUGCGUGCCGAGCAAGUUAACCGCGCUGCCCAUCGCCUACAAGGGCGAGGACGGCAAGCCGCACUUCAGCUACUGGGAGGACGUGGUAGCACUGGAGUGCAAGUGCUCCUAGGCGCCGCGGCUGCGCGUCGCACUCGCCGCAUCGGCGCCAAUCACGCACACAGAACCGCCGACCUGGGCCUCCUAGUCGACCGCUCAUACGGGGACCUUGACUAUUUAUUUCACACACACACAGUCAUUUUCAUCGCCCUCAGUCGCUUCUGAGUGGACUCAUCGAUGUGGUCGUUAGUUGUAUACGUGGAUGUAUUACGCCGCCCGUGACGAUGGGCAUCGCCAGCCAAGUCUUGCUCCAUCGACGAAUCUCUGUGCGAUGCUCUGAUUACUAUGUGCGACUUGUUUGCGCUCUGGACACUCUUUGGCUGGGUACCUGUACUCUGGAGUUGUGUAGAGUUGGCGCUCGGCUCCUAUUGGACCGUCGGGAGCACGGACUCGUUUGUGCACGGACCCGUUGGGCCGGCUGGCCAUCUAGUGAGGCUCCGUUUGCAGGUCGGUAGUUGUGUAAUGUUCUCUUUGAUCUUGGCCAUGUGCUGCCAUUUAUUCCGGUCCCGCUUUCCGGCGGCGUGUCGCCUGCGCUGUCCUCUCCCCUCUCGUGUUCUCUCCAUACCGUGGCCCCGCGCCGCUGCACCAAAGAUCGCCGCGCCGACCGGCGACCCCGCCCUCUCCAACCUGGCGCUGUGUCCAGGCGCGUCAUUUUGCGCGUGUUUUUGAGGACGAGCUUCCGAGGGCUGAGCGCUGGUCGCCGCCCGAAGCUCUGCAGGUGCGCUGCCGGGCGUGGCUGGUCCAGCUCCGGCAGCAGCUUUAGCCCUGGUGUCUGAUCUCUGAGCUGGCCGGUCGCACUCGGCGUCCGGCCCGCUCCCCGUCUGUGAUAUAUUUUUGUAAAUUUGUCGUGCAUCAAUCGACGUUGUGAGCUUAUUGUUUACUGAAUGGAUUGUAUUUUUCUAGAUAAGCAUCUUCGUUUUGGUGGAUCCGUCGAUGUUGGUCGUGCGUUUUGGUGUUGAUCGUGGUGGACCCGAGGCGGCGCCGGCGGCGCGAGCGACCCGCUGCCGGCGCCGGGCGGCCGUUUUGGGUGGGGCGGCGGCGGUGGGCGCUCGCAGUGCCACUGUCGGGCCAGGUCCCGCUCACUGAGGAGCCAGUCGCGCCGGCCGACUCGUCACAAACUCGGGGCUGCUGUCCAGCGUGACGAAAACAGCGGCCGUUACAUACCUUGAUACGAUUCAUGUUGUGAGAUUUUUCAGCCGGCUGUUUUCAAAUGCAUUGUAAUUUAUGGACAUUAUGGAGGAAAUACACUAGACGACCGUGCUUA